GGGGGUUGGGAGCGCGGGCGCUGUCCGCACGAGAGCAGGUCCUGAAACGCGGCGUGCGCCACCGUGGACGCUGGGCGCAGGCAGCUUUUCUCUGUAUAGUUAAAGAAGCCUGUGUUAUGUACAUAUUUACAUCACAGUCUGUGGCGUUUUAUGACGUGAGCGCGGAGAAAACUACCUUUUGAAUUUGGACAGGACUGUUUUCUUUCCCAGCGCGAAGAAAUGCGCCUCCAAACUCGCACAUAAACCGGGAGUCCAAUAGCUCCGUUUGUGCAGUGAGUCCUGGCCAACACAGAGGAGGAAAGGUAGAUAGUAGAGUGACCAAGAGCUUUCGUUCAUACAAACAGGAUAACAACUCUCACUUCAGCCGCAGCAGCUUUUACUCAAACCAGAGAGUGCUGUUUUUUAUUUUCCUGCUGCGUAAUUUUCUGUACUUUCUUUUUUUUUGGCACGUUGGAUACGAGACUUCAAGAUGUGAGCACUCAUUCGCUCUCACUCGCUUUACUGAUGGGAGAUUACCAAGUGUUAAUGUGAAAGCAACUGCCGAGGACGAUUUCUGACGAAGAAGAAGAAAUGUGCAGCAAACAACCUAGAAGAAAAAUAACCGUGGAUCUGUAAAGAAUAUUUUUAUUUUUCGAACUGGGUUUUUUUUAUUUUAUUUUUGUAUUUUGAAAUAUUUUAACAGACUGAAAGGAGAAAGUUCAGCCCCCAUCGGUUGAGUCUAAGUUCAGGGGUCACGGCCAGCGGACCGAGAAGGAGAGAAAGGGAGGGAGGCUACUUUGGUUGCUCUCCAUAAUUUUGCAAAAGUUUGAAUCUGUUUUCCUUGGACUGAGGCGACUCGAUGUAGACGAGCAGCUGAAGGAAUGAGCACUAUUGCUGUCGUUUCCCUCCUCUGGUUUUGGAGACGCCAGAACAGACCCGGUGUGGUGUCCCGUCCCCAUGAGGAGGGAGCCCGUCUUUGACUCAUAUUUUUGACGCCAUUUCUUUCUUCCCUUCCACCUGAAAACCUCCAGUUUUCUAUAUUUUUAAAAAUCCUUUUUUAUAGGUUAAGUCAAAGUACAACCUGUGCCACAUUGUCAACUAAUUCAUACAAAUCCUUUUUUAAUUAAUUAUCAAAAAAGAAAAUUCUCUCUUUGAAGGGUUCUGGUACCCCUUUCCAUUUACUGGAGGUCACGGUCUGUCAGUAAAGUGGCCGACUGAAGCGGGGGGCGUCCGGUGGCAUUUUUAAGACCCCUCAUAUCGUUUCGGGGCCCUCCAGUCCUAACGUACCAAUGGAGAUUCACUGUAAGCACGACCCGUUUGCUGCAAUGCACAGACAUGGCGGAGUGAACCAGCUUGGAGGUGUGUUUGUAAACGGCAGGCCCCUCCCAGAUGUAGUGCGGCAGCGAAUAGUAGAACUCGCCCACCAAGGGGUUCGGCCCUGCGACAUCUCACGCCAGCUACGAGUCAGCCAUGGAUGUGUCAGCAAGAUACUGGGCAGGUACUAUGAAACGGGCAGUAUCCGCCCCGGGGUAAUCGGGGGAUCAAAACCAAAGGUUGCUACUCCCAAAGUGGUCGACAAGAUCGCAGAUUACAAACGCCAAAACCCCACCAUGUUUGCCUGGGAGAUCCGGGACAGGCUCCUGGCCGAGAGAGUCUGUGACAACGACAGCGUCCCCAGUGUCAGCUCCAUCAACAGGAUCAUUCGGACAAAGGUUCAGCAGCCGCCUGGCCAAACGGGCUCAGUGUCGGCUCACAACUUAGCAACGUCUGUGGCUGCCACACAAGUGUCAGCAGUGACCAGCGACUCAGCCGGCUCCUCAUACUCCAUCAGUGGCAUUCUGGGUAUCAGCUCAGCUCCUGACGUGGGCAAGAGGAAGAGGGACGAAGGUCUGCAGGAGUCACCGCUGGCCAACGGGCACAGCCACAGUGGGCGGGACUUCCUCAGGAAGCAGAUGAGAGGGGAGCUGUUCUCACCGCAGCAGAUCGAGGUAUUGGACCACCUGUUUGACAGACAGCCACCCUGUCCAAUCCAAUCCAGCUCUGACCUCUAUGUGAGCCCUGACUCUGGCAAGACAUCAGAUUAUUCAGCCAUGGCCUCACUAACUGGUGGACUGGACGAGAUGAAGAACAGUUUGGCCAAUCCUGGUACAGGGGCGGAAUUAGGAGCCAGUGUGUCCGGUCCACAGUCCUAUUCACUCGUUCCAGGUCGAGACCUAGCCAGCACCACUCUGCCAGGCUACCCUCCUCAUGUUCCUCCCACUGGACAGGGCAGCUACUCCACCCCCUCCCUCACUGGCAUGGUACCUGGGGGAGAUUUUUCUGGAAGUCCAUAUUCCCAUCCCCAAUAUUCCACAUACAAUGAAUCGUGGAGAUUUCCUAACCCCAGUUUAUUAGUGUUUCAGCAAGAUUAUGGGUCUCUCCUGGGGACGGAAAUCGGCUGCUCCUCCAGUCUCUUCACCAGCCAGGCAGGACAGAUGCAAGGGUCACCAUACUAUUACAGUGCAACAUCACGGGGGGCGGGCCCUGCUGCCACUGCAACAGCCUCCGCCUACGACCGUCACUGACCCCUCCUACCGAGAGAAGAGGAUGAUGAGGAGAAGGAGACGAGGGAGGGAGGGAUGGAUAGCACCAGCACCACUCAGUACAAACCUGCCAACGCACAGAUGACAAUGAGGAUGAAGAUUUCAAAUUUCUGACGUCAGUGAAGUUUGAAUUUUCUUUGAUUGACACUUAAGCCAACAAACGCACUGCUGGGCUGCAACACAGACAAACUGUUUGGGUAUUACAUUGCUGUGAGGACAUAGGCCUGGCAGUGUCAAUAAGAUUUUGUAAGCAAGUAAAUUUGGACCCUCACCUAAUAUAUCAAGGAACGGUAUCCCUAUCUUUUUUUUUAACCAAUCAUCUACAAAUCCAAGAAGUCAGUGGACUAUGUGUGCAGCAGGGAUUGAAAAUGUAUUGUGAUCUUCUGGGUAAAAAGUGUUUUCAGGUUGGAAAUAUUUUUGAUGAAAUUAUUUGAGGUGAUUAGAGCAAAAUCACUUUUUCAAACAGUCUUUUUAUGCCCUGACAUCAAUCAAUCAAUUUUCUAUGCCAUGUUACGGUGAAGUAAAGACAAUCCAAUUCUCAUAACUUUAAAUGACCAAAAUCACCUAUAUCAUUAUCAUUCUAGUCUCUUUCCAGAAGAUUCAACACAUUUCCCCCCACAAUGCUUAAUAAAUGGGAUACCCUACUUUUUAAUGGGUGUGUUCAGUUUCACAAUUGACCGUUCGCUAAGCCCCACCCCCAUUAGUUACUGUUGCUAUGCGUGGGGGAAGUGGAGAUGGUGUUGAUGCUGAGGUAAAUGCACACUUAAAUGUCUUAACAAAACAAAGAACUGUUUAGUUGCAGCCUCUAGUGAUUUUAAAGUUCAUUAAUGGUCAGAUUCAAAUUUGAUGAACACUAACCACAAACAUCCGCGCACUAUUCGUUUGCGUUACACUAAUCAGAUAUUGUGUUUGUCAUUUUAGUUUCUAAUAAUCACUUUUUAGUUAUAUACAAGCGCAAAUAGUGCGACCUCAGUAAAUCCAGCGGAAUACAUAAUCACAUAAUCAGCCUCUGUUAACAUGUCUCCUCUUAUUACGUCCUCCCUUAAAUGCGCAUGCAAUGAGGAGAGAGGCAUAACUUACAGACACAAAUAACACGCAAACUCCGACUCCAGCCUGGUGCGUCUGCUUGAUAAAUACAGCACCUUUGUAAAACAGGUGCAAAAGCCUUAGUAAAUCUGGCCCACAGUUUAAUCUAUCAUUACACCUUUUCUCAUCUGUUUUUGGUUUUGAAAAAGGCUAGAAGACAAGACUCCACCGUCCAAACUCACUCACUCUCAGCCCUAUGCACACUGCUUCAGCAUGCAGAGAAAUCCAAAGCAUGACAGGCCUGCCGUGCCUAAUUAUGGUUGCUAAGCUAUGAUUGGAUAGUCGCUGUUUAGGGGUGGGCUUUAGCAAAUGGUCAAUUUCAGCAGUUGUAGCCAGAUCCCAAUGUGUUUCACCAAGGAAAACUGUAUCCUGACAUCCACACUUGCAUCCAUACUUGCAUUCAGAGUGGUUUGAAUGCCACUGACUGACAGACAAGCCUUUCAGUAAAGCACAGCCUAAAAUCUGAGCCCUGCUGUAAAAUGAACAGUGUACAUGUUCACAUCAGACCAAAAUCAAAUCCACCAGGGAGUGUUACUGUACAGGAAGGUGCUAUCCUACCUCCCCAGCCAAGAUUUAGUCCUGAUCAAGAGCUAUUUAUAAUGGGGGAGACAGAGUAAUAUAUUAAGAAGCUUUUCUGCGCUGCACUCUGUGAGGAGAGUGAAUGCCUGUAAUGAUUUAUAAUAUGUGUCACGCUGUUGUGCUAGAAUAGUGAUGAUGAUGACGAUGCAGUGAAAUAUGAAAUCUUAAAAACUUUCAAUAUGAAAAUAAGUCUUUGUUUAUAAAUAUGAUCCGACUGCGAUAUUCCUGUUUAUAGUUUGUUGCCUGGUAUCAGUUGACACAGGUGCCAUUGAAUAAGACGCCAUUUUUAUCCGCUUCCUGAAUAUUGAAAAGAAGAGCCAGGAAGCAGUGGCACCCUCUCUCUCUCUCUCUCUCUCUCUCUCUCUCUCUCUCUCUCUCUCUCUCUCUCUCUCUCUCUUUCUAUUUCUCUCUUUAAACUCCCCAAAGAUGGGCCCCCCUAGUGGAUCGGCUGACUAACUACAAAAGCACAAAGAGACUCAAUCAUCAUUUAAAAGCGCCAUUUUGCUUUUUUGACUUCCUUUCAGAACCAUUAAGUACUUCUUCUUCUUCUUCUUCUUCUUCUUCUCCCCCUUUUGCGUGCUUGUCCUUGUGCUGUUUGGCAUACUGAAAUUGUUUCUAUAAAAGCAUUGCUUUUGUGAAAAAACAAGUGAAACUGUUUUCUUUUUUGUUUGUUUGUCUCCUACAUCAGUUCUGCGCUGUGACAAUGUAUGACACCAGGGUUUGAGGCCUUACCCAUCCUGUACAGACAUAAUAGGACAGUUUUGCCCUUCAGCACUAUCCUUCUCACAUGUUUGAGGGCCCACAGUGUUGAUCUUGUGAGAGGGUAAUAUCUUCCUAAACCUGUACGUAGCUUCCUGUCUCACUUCUGUCCAUACAAGAUUUGUACAGUAAUCAGUGAGCGAGAAGAGAAGUCACAAUGUCAAUAGCAAUUUCAGUUAUUCACAUUUGAAUUUAGAUUUUAGUGAUGAAGCUUUCUUUACGAUAAAAAGACUAAGAGGUGUGUGGUGUUGUUUUAGCCAUCUUCUGCAAGUGUUGACAUAUCUUUUGUUUGUUUGUUUUGGGAUAUGUGUGGCUGACUGUAGCGCUUCAUUGCUACUGUGUAGUUUUACUAGCUAACAGAUUGGAAGCACCAAAUCUGCAGCGUGAGACAUAAAAUAUAGCUAUAUAAACAUAUACCUAUGAACACUGAACAAAGCUGUUAGUUUCUCAAUCUUUGUUGUUUCUGGGUUUUGAAAUAGUGAUAGAGUGGAUCCUUUUACAUUUGUAGACCUUAAAAGUUGUGUGCACACAACUCUAAAGAAGGUUCUUAUGACGGCUCACCCGCUGUGCUGCCAGCGUCACACCGCAGCAGGAGCCUUUCCUUAUUUCUGUCUUUCUCUCUUGAUCUUCUGAGGCAUUAUUGAACCUGAACCACACCAGCUGAAAACAAGGACAGUGCCUUUAGUUUUAUAUGUCAUCACCCCCCUGACUGACCACACAUCACUAAAACAAGAUUCAGCAUCCCUCCUGGCAACUCUUUAAACAAAACUCUGCCUAUCUGCCCAUGCGAACACAGGCUUGUAGAUUAUUUAAAGCCCUCCAUAAAUAAGUAGCAGUCUUCAGAUAAUAAUUUAUACACUGUACCAACAGUAACAUUGCAGCUCUGAUUACAGGACCUAGCCCUGAUCAAGCACCCUAUACUUACACAUCACAGUUCUGCAUUGAUAUAUCCCAGAACUUUGACAUUUCAGUCAAAGAUUCACUCAUAAAAUUUGUAACAGGGAUAAUGUUGAAACUCAUCUGAUGGAAAAUCCUCUUAGCAAUCUACAAAUGACCUCAGACGGCUGGAAAGUAACAAAAAAACUAAAUAUAUUCCAAGAAAGGUCAAUUUCAUUAAAGUCAAUAUAAGCCAUUUAAAAUCAAAGAUGGCGCAGAACUCCUUCCUCACUCUUUGGCUGGAGUGAUGCUCAGCAGCGGAGCACUCAGUCCUGCCACUGGUAGCUUGAAGAUGUAUAAAUGAGAUUACAGUUUUAAUCGCCAGUGUUGCUGCAGUAUAGCUUCCGCUCCACUGUGGAACAGCACUACAAUCGUUGAGCAAGGAAGGAGUCCGGCCUUGUAAUGACUUUAAAAGAAGAGUCCUUUCUUUGAUGGAAUAAAUAUUUUUAGUCAUGCAACCAUUUCAUGGAUUGUGAUGAAAUUUGGUACAAACAUUCAUGCUUCACAGAGGAUGAAUCCUAAUGACUUUGAUGAUCCCGUGACGUUUCAUCGCACACCAUCAUCAGGUCAAAAUUUAAAUUUGUCCCAUAUUUAGGUUUAUGCUAAACUAAGAUGGUGAACAUGGUAAACAUUAUACCUGCUAAACAUCAGCUCAAUGCACCUCUGUGCCUAAGUGCAGUUACAGAGCCGCUAGCGUGGCUGUAGACUCUUAGUCUUGUUACUUCAUAGCCGUCUGACGUCAUUUUUUUCCAGCUUCAAAGUCACUAAGAAGAUUUCCUACCAUCCAUUAUAUUCCAUUUAUAUUCUCAACAUUCUUCCAUAAAACAAAUUUUAUGAGCGUAUCUCUGGGAGAUAUCUAUGUAUAUGAUACGUGAUAAACGCCCCUGGCGUAAGCAACAGACAUAUUACAAGUCUGUUCAUUAAUAUUGUUUUUGUAUUCAACCAGAGCGUCUUAUAAAUGAAUUACACCCUUUUUUCACAAACACACACACACAACUGAAAACAUGAAGAAAUAUUGAUUGAUGGUCAUUCUCCUUGAGGAGGUGAAUCCAUUCGUGCCUCCUGUGUCCACUUGCGAAUAGCUGCGACACCAAACCGACACCAAAUUUGACGCCCGUUCUCCAGUGUAGCCAAGAAUCCAGUAAUGCAUUAACAGGAUUAUUUGUCAGCUAUGCAUCUCACAGUGACACAGCUUGCCUUGCCAUUGCUUUGACCUAAUUGGUUCACAUGGGGAGAGAAUCGGUUCUCAUUGGCCGGCAGUCGUUUCGAUUGGCAGCCGUGAUAUUGACUGCAGCAAUGAGGGGGGACUGUCAUUGUGGGUGGUACUGUAGGAAGAAUGGCUGGCAGAGGCCACACACACACACACAUAAAUAUAAGUACAGGCACACACUCUCUCCCUUCCUUUGUCCUUUGCGGAGUGAUGAUCGCCCCUCCUCUCAUGCCUCUGUGUUCCCCAGGGGAGGCCAAACCUGCUGUGCCAUCAGAAGCUCAUCCCGUCUUUUUUCUCCCCCUCCCUCAGCCCUAAUCUCAUCAUAUCUCAUGCACUCGCCCCCCCUCCUGUAGCACUGCCACACCACCAGGAUUAGGAAUAUUAAAACUAUUCUGUUGAUUUCAGGCCUGUGACCUUCCUCAAAAAGUCCUCCCUCGUUCUUCAGACAGCCCUAUUAAUCCUUUUUUCCUCUCCUUUCUUACUUUUCUCUCUGACUAUUCAGACAUGAUGCUCACUGUCCUGUCAGAAAAAUUCUGCAUAGGAAUGAAGCAGGGUGUUUUGUGCCAAAGCGAGGUCAUUUCAAUGGCAAUAUUGCUGCCGGUAUCUUUAUUUGGCCAAGAAUAUUCUGUGAGAUCGCAUUUUAAUAUUCAGUUUUCUCUUCAUGUAUCUAUAGAGCAUUUAAAACAAAGAAAGAUCAAACAAAGAGGUUUCAUUUCCAGCUUUGCUACAGUUUACUGUCCAUGAAAAAACAAUCACAUCCUGACUUUUUUAUCCCAGCUCCAAAUCAAAUAGGAAACUGAAAUAAAUGCAAAUUAGUUUUUUUUCUUUAUUAUGAUUUCUCACUGAGUGUGCACCGCCCGACUGUAUCUCAAUAUGAAUCCAUGAAGAUGGCUACUGCCUUUGUAAAACCUGAGGGGAUUUCAGCAUCACAUCUUGACAGCAAUUAGUGGCACAAUCUGUUUCAUGCUUGCUGAUAUAACUAGGCUCUGGACAGAUCUCAUACUGAAGUGUUACAAUGUUCUGUACAUCUUAAUAUUAUUCAACUGUGGAAGAGGAGAAAUACACAGGACUCAGCCUACAAAAAUCAACUGUGCUUUUUAAGCAGAUGUUUCAAUCAAAAAAAAAUAGAUAACAUGAUUUUUCACCUUACUGUGGCCUUUCGUGUAACAAUCUGGAGUUUUUUUGUGUCCAUGGCUUCCUAUCUGGGGUGUUAAAGAGACAUUUAUAUCUGUAAUGUUUUGGUAAAAAAAAGAACAAACAAAAGACAGAAAGAAAUACAUCAGAAUGCAAAGACAGAUGCAAAGACGAAAUUAGGUUUUAAUGAUUCAGCUUGCUCUAUUCUUCAAAAUCAAAUGCGACAAAAAGAAAACAUAUCUGUAACAUUCACCAAAGCCUGUGAUGCCUGUUUUAAAUGAUAGAUUCUUGUACAAAAAACCCAUAUAAAAUAACAGAAAAGACUUACAGAUACAAACACAAAAGAUAAGAAAUGCCUUCAAAUAUUCUGGAGGGGAGGAUUUAAAAAAAGUAAAAGAAAUGCUUCUUUAAGAAAAUGUGUAUGUUUUUUAUUCGAUUUUCUAGUAGUUGCAAACAAAACUUGGUGUUUUUUCUCUUUGUGUGUUGUGUGUUGUCUUAAUAUUUGAAUGUAUUUUACUGCAGUGCGAAUUUGCCAAAGAUAUCAUAUCACUUGAUUUCUCUCCUUUAUUUUUUUUUGUUCCUGAAUUGUGACCAAUUUUGUUCAGAAAACUGGAAAUAAAUGGUGAAUUUGAUAUUAUGCUUAUUUUUCAUAUUUCUAUUGUUAAUAUUAUUGUUAUUUUAUUUCCUGGGUUUGAGUUUACUGUGAAAUAUUAAAUUGCAGUUUGCUUGAUGCAUCUCUUCAUACUCAGUCUGUGUACAUGUCCAUCUGUCCACCUGAGUGACUGUUGUUGGUGAAUUAUUCCAUUUAUGUACCUGUAAUGUGAAGCUAAGAAGUAAUUAUUUGUAAAUAUUUGCCAUAAUUUUAUUGGUCCUUCAGAAUAAAAAAUAAUUUUUUGGAA